AUGCAGUUUUUCGAUGGAUAUGGAUAUCAUGGGACAUCAUUUGAGCAGACAUAUCGAUGUUACCCUGCUUCAUUUAUUGAAAAGCCACAAAUUGAAAGUGGUGAUAAAAUUAUAAUGCCUCCCUCAGCUCUUGAUCGUCUUGCAUCUCUGCAUAUUGAUUAUCCAAUGUUGUUUGAGCUUCGGAAUGCUGCUACUGAGCGGGUGUCUCACUGUGGGGUUCUGGAGUUUAUUGCAGAGGAAGGCAUGAUUUAUAUGCCAUACUGGAUGAUGGAGAACCUGGUUCUACAAGAGGGAGAUAUAGUGCGAGUGAAAAAUGUAACUCUUCCAAAGGGAAAAUAUGUUAAACUGCAACCGCACACAAAGGACUUUUUGGAUAUAUCGAACCCAAAAGCUAUCUUAGAGACAACUUUAAGGAAUUAUUCCUGCUUAACCACUGGGGAUAGUAUUAUGGUGGCAUAUAACAACAAGAAAUACUACAUAGAUAUCAUAGAAACAAAGCCAUCAAAUGCAAUAAGUAUCAUUGAAACAGACUGUGAGGUGGACUUCGCACCUCCCCUCGAUUACAAGGAGCCUGAAAAGCCUGUUGCAUCUGUUCCUUCAAGCAAGGGAACCUCUCAAGUUGAAGAGGUACCAGCUGAGACGCAACCAAAAUUUAGCCCCUUUACAGGAGCAGGGAGACGCUUGGAUGGGAAACCUUUGAACUAUCAGCCUCCACCAAUUUCUUCAUCAGGGUCCAAAGACAAGCAACCUUCUGUUGCACAGCCUUCUCUGGGGUCUAGUUCACAAAAUACUGCUCGCCAGUCUCAGGGAAAGCUUGUAUUUGGAUCAAAUGCAAGUCACGCUCCUAAGGAAACACAAAAGGGAACGGGAAAAGAGACUAAACAAGAGCAGUCAGAAAAGAAAGAAGAACCAAAAUUCCAGGCAUUCUCAGGAAAAAAGUACUCUUUGAAGGGUUGA